AUGAGAAUAAAUAAGAGUACGACAAAUAGCUUCCUAUUGCUGGGAUUUUCCAGUUUUCCAAGUCUGGAGGGUUUGUUCUUUACUACUUUCUUUAUCAUCUAUUUCUUGAUCCUAAUUGGGAAUGCCUUCAUAAUUGUUAUAACACUGGUUGAUCAGACACUCCAUAGCCCAAUGUAUUUCUUCCUGAGAAAUUUGUCCUGUCUUGAAAUUUGCUACACUUCAAUCAUUAUACCUAAGAUGCUUGAAAAUAUUCUCUCAGAAGAUAAAACCAUAUCAUUUAUCAAUUGUGCUUUUCAAAUGAGUCUCUUUCUUAUCACAGGGGCAGCAGAAUGCUUUCUCCUGGCUGCUAUGGCUUAUGACCGCUAUGUUGCCAUUUGCCAACCCUUGCAUUAUUCACUCAUUAUGAACAGCAGAGUCUGCUCUGGGCUAGUGGGUGCUUCCUGGCUAGCUGGAAUUCCAGUACAACUUUCCCAGACUUUCCUUGUGUUUGCCUCUUUUUUCUGUAAUUCAAAUGAGAUCAAUCAUUUCUUCUGUGAUAUUCCUGCUUUGCUUAACCUGAUUUGUGGUGAUACAACUAUAAAUGAGCAGGUAGCUCUGUUAGAGGUUAUUUUGCUUGCAUUGAUACCCUUUGCUAUGAUCUUGAUGUCUUAUAUUUGUAUUGCCAUUACUAUUCUGAAGAUACCAUCUGUUGAAGGAAGGCACAAGGCCUUUUCAACAUGUUCCUCACAUCUCACAGUAGUUCUGGGGUUCUAUGGUUCUGGAAUAAUUGUCUAUGUGACACCAAAGUCAAGACAUUCUUUAGAUAAAGAUAAAUAUCUGUCACUAUUCUAUACUGUUCUGUCACCAUUGGUAAACCCUCUUAUUUACAGUUUGAGAAACAGGGAAAUCCAAAUUGCUUUAGGGAAAGUCCUUUACCUUUUUUGUUCAUAUGUGAAACUAAUGCAUAAAAAAUAA